AUGAACAAAGAUGAACUACAAAGUCUCUCGUGUAAAAUCAACGGAGGUUGUUCUCGCGAGACUCCAAAACUGAGCGAAGAAGAGAUCGAAAAGCUACUCGCGGAAUACCCGCUGUGGCACAGAAUAGGAAAAACGAUAAUAACGAGGAAAUUCACGGCGAAGAACUGGCAAUGCGCGGCUGACUUUUUCUCCCAACUUUCAACCGUGGCCGAGGAAGAAGGGCACCACCCGGACUUUAAGUUGACAAAUUAUAGAGAAGUGGAAGUGAGUUUAUCUACGCACGCCAUAGGUGCGUUGUCCAUGUAUGAUUUCAUCUUAGCCGCGAAGCUCGAUAAAAUUCCAGUCGUAUAUUCGCCAAAAUGGGAGAGAGAAAAUAUCAAAGAGUGA